GCGGUCGCGGAAGCGGCCUCGUGGAGGAGAAGGCAGCAUGGGGCAGUCGGGGAAGUCCCGGCACCAGAAGCGCGCGCGCGCCCAGGCGCAGCAGCGCAACCUCGAGGCCUACGCCGCGCAGCCGCACUCGUUCGUGUUCACCCGGGGCCGCGCGGGCCGCGGCGUGCGGCAGCUCAGCCUGGACCUGCGGCGCGUCGUGGAGCCGCUCACCGCCAGCCGCCUGCAGGUUCGCAAGAAAAAUUCCCUGAAGGACUGUGUGGCAGUGGCCGGGCCCCUGGGGGUCACACACUUCCUGAUUUUGAGCAAAACGGACACCAGCGUAUACUUUAAGCUGAUGCGCCUUCCUGGAGGCCCGACACUGACUUUCCAGGUCAAUAAGUACACGCUGGUGCGUGACGUGGUCUCCUCGCUGCGCCGGCACCGCAUGCACGAGCAGCAGUUUGCCCACCCGCCCCUCCUGGUCCUCAACAGCUUCGGCCCCCACGGCAUGCAUGUGAAGCUCAUGGCCACCAUGUUCCAGAACCUGUUCCCCUCCAUCAACGUGCACAAGGUGAACCUGAACACCAUCAAGCGCUGCCUGCUCAUCAACUACAACCCUGACUCCCAGGAGCUGGACUUCCGCCAUUACAGCAUCAAAGUGGUCCCCGUGGGCGCCAGCCGCGGGAUGAAGAAGCUGCUGCAGGAGAAGUUCCCCAACAUGAGCCGCCUGCAGGACAUCAGCGAGCUGCUGGCCACGGGUGCUGGGCUGUCGGAAAGUGAGGCGGAGCCGGACGGGGAGCACAACGUCACGGAGCUGCCCCAGGCCAUCGCGGGCCGCGGCAACAUGCGCGCCCAGCAGAGCGCAGUGCGCCUCACGGAGAUCGGUCCCCGGAUGACCCUGCAGCUCAUUAAGAUCCAGGAGGGCGUGGGCGCUGGCAAUGUGCUGUUCCACAGUUUCGUGCACAAGACGGAGGAGGAGCUGCAGGCCAUCCUGGCCGCCAAGGAGGAGAAGCUGCGGCUCAAGGCGCAGCGGCGGGAAAAGCAGGCGGAGGACGUGCUGCGCAAGCGCGAGCGCCGCGAGGCCGACAAGAAGAAGAGCCUGGCCGGCAUGAAGCGGGCCCGGCUGGGGGCCGGCGGCGACAGCGAUGCGGAGGACCCCGGGGCGCCCCCGGAGGAGGCGGAGGAGGAGGAUGAAGCCGAGUACUUCCGCCAGGCCGUGGGCGAGGAGCCAGACGAGGACAUGUUCCCGACAGCGGCCAAGCGCAGGCGGCCGGGGCCUCCCGGCGGGAAGCGGCAGCGGCAGCAUCGGCGGCCGGGGCCGGGCCGGGGCGCAGCGCGGAGGCCGCCCGAGCCCCGGGGGGCGCGGGCCAGGCCGGGGCCCAAGGCUGCCGGCCGGGGCGGAAGCCGGGCCCCGAGGAGAGGCUCCUGAGCGAGCGCCGCCGCACGGCGGAACGCCCCACAUUGGGGCCCGGGCGCCCCGGUUUCCUUUCAUAAAGGAGCUGUCCCUCAUCUGCUGCCAAUAAACGCUGGAACCGG